GACAACACCGUUUCGUUUUCGAGGCAGAAAAAUAAUUGCUAGAAAAUCUACGCCAGAUAGUACACAAAGUUCCUGGAACUGAAAACAAUCAAGCUUGAUUUUCCCGGAAAAGCGAUAGAAUGAAGACCCAGGGAAAAUACGGAGUGGCAGCGACGGUGGCUGCCCAAGUUCUCUGUGAGGAUGUUAGGAAUUUCAGCACACGUCGCCGCAAUAUUCUCUACCUGAUGCAUCGAUAUCUGGUGGAGAAUGGAUACUAUUCAACUGCUGAAUCCCUGAAAUCCGAAGGACGUCUCUCCGAGGAGUACGAACUGUGCGACAAUAUCGAUUUGGAUGCCAUGUACCUGGAGUACGCCAGCUUUUUCAACCUAAAAUUUGGUAAAUACCCCAAGAUUCUUAAGAAAAUUGGACCCAAAAUCAAGGUGGAAAUGACUGGGGCAAAGCAGGAAAAACCUAAGGAAUUGCCAAAGAAACAAACUUCGAGCACAGAGGCUUCUCUGGCCAAUUGGCACAUUGGUGUGGGCGCGGCCACAGCAGCUUUGAAUACUGAAAUACAACCGCUGCAGAUUAAGAAAAUGGAAACUGCAGCGGAAUCGGGUGGCCAGGAAAAUGCCUGUGAAAUCGAACAUGGUCAUUUGGGUGGCGAUGAUGCUCUCUUCUCAUCUCUGGAUUGGCAAUCCCUGGCGGAUCUGGUUAAAACGACUAUACUACAGGAGAGUAUUAAGCUAAAAUGGUCGGAUGUCUGUGGCAAUCAGCGAGCUAUAGAGCUGAUCAAAGAGGCUGUUCUAACGCCAAUUGAAUUUCCCCAAUUAUUCGCCCAUGGCCUGAAACCCUGGAGAUCCCUGCUGCUCCAUGGACCACCUGGCAGUGGAAAAACCCUUCUGGCCAAGGCAUUGUAUUCCGAAACCCAGGGCCAGGUGACAUUUUUCAAUAUAACAGCCAGCAUAAUGGUGAGCAAAUGGCGCGGUGAAUCGGAAAAGAUCCUCCGAGUACUCUUUCACAUGGCUGCGAAGCGGGCGCCAUCGGUGAUUUUCCUGGAUGAAAUCGAAAGUUUGACCUCCAAAAGGGACAGGGUCACGGAUCACGAGAGCUCCAAGCGCUUUAAGAACGAACUGUUGCAACUUUUGGACGGCAUGGAGCAUACUUUGAAAGGGGUCUUUGUCCUGGCCAGCACCAAUUUGCCCUGGGACAUUGAUGAGGCCUUUCUGCGGCGCUUCGAGAAGAAAUUGCUGGUCCAGCUGCCCAAUGAGGCGGAGAGAAGUUGCUUGAUCAGCCGACUUUUGGGCUCUAGCAUCUCCCUGAAUGCCCGACUGCUCCAAAAGCUGGUGGAGAUGUCCGAUCAGUUUACCGGAGAUGAGAUACGUCUGGCCUGCAAGGAGAUCAGCAUGCACCGGGUGCGUUGUGCCACCAAGGUGGGAGAUCGAUCCACCGGAGUGCCCAAGGAAUCCCAGGCUGCGAUCGAGGCCAACGUGGAGAAGGCCUUCCGGCAGGUGCGUCCCUUGGGCCAGAAACUUUUGGCCAAACACGAGCAGUGGCAGCAGGAGAAUGGCUCAUAACUUCACUAUACUAUAUAUUUUGUAUAACU